AUGGGAAAUAUUGUACGAGGCAGAAAAACAGAAGGCAGUAUCAAAGCAGAACGUACUCUACUCACAGUCAGAGCAGCCGGAGCUUUUAAAUCAAAAGUGAAAAGUGAAAAGAAAAAGACAGCGGCAAAAGAGAUAGAAGAGAUCAUAGAAUGGAAAUUUGGAAGGAAAAACACCAGGACUGGACAACAUCAAGGUAGACGUACUACAGCUUAUGAAGUGGAAGAAGAAACUUUGGACAAUACAGACAAGGAAGUUCUUAAGUUUGUACGCAGGUAUGUACAAUAAAAAACAGUUCGCUUAGUUUGAUUUAUUAUGCAAAUUAUUCCAUAUUGACUUUUUGUAAAAUUUUAGUAACUAUUAUACCAAACAACGGUAUACUAUACUACACACUUUUCCCUGAAGAAGUAAGGUAAGCAGUGUAGAAUUGGCUUUAUUGUGUUAUACUUGUGUUAUAAGUUUGUGUUUGUAUCAGGCCGGAUACGGCGUGUUUUUCACUAUUUCUUUUGACUUGGGCUUCGCAUUGUUUUGUAUCCAUGGACUCGCACCGAAAUCAUAUCACCGUUUUUAUACGCGGACAGAAGCCCUGUCUGAUAUAGUUUUCGUGCCUGCGCAAAAACUAUCCAGUAUAAUGUAAAUAUAGUAUUAUUUCUCCUGCAGCGUCCAUGUAGGUGACAACAAACAUGGUCACGUGUCCAUAAAUGACACAAGUGUUGCUUGGACGGCUCUGCGUGAAUCAGCCAAUCGCGAUCGAAGAGAUUUCUUGGCCGAUGAGCAUAGGAGAGACAGUGGUCGGCUUAAACAGUUAGGUGAUGUCCUCAGGUUUAUCAGAAGAGCUUCAAAAGAGGCUGAAACGCUGAAGGCUACCGAAGAAUUUCUUCCUUAUGAUGAACAGUAUAAGGUAAGUGACCGGAAGUAAGAGAGGUAACUUAUGGGUCUUCGCUUUCGACAAGUUUUUGUCAGUUUCCCUUGUACGCUGAUAUUUCUUGUAUUCUUACCAGUCAGUAAGAUAUUGUGAGACAGACCAGCUGUCGAUUAGUCGGCUAAACAGCUUAUGUGAAUCAUAUUCUCACAACAGUUGUUCUCACUAACUCUGCUAACUAUUGUAUGCGAUUUUUCCAUUCGCUCAUUCAUUCUAUAACAACUCUUCAUAGUUUCUCACGGUCAGUCAACAGUGAAUCAGUCAGUAAAUCAUCCAUUGUGUCAAUCUUGAGUCACUCAGUCUGUCAGUCAGUCAGUUGUCAGACAGUCAAUCAUUCAUUCAUUUAUUCAUCCAUUCAUUCAGUCAGUAAGUCAGUCUGUCAUCCAGCGCUCCUUCCAGAACUGUAAUAUCCAAUAUGAUAUUUACUAUUUUUUUAGCCACAGUGGGAGACACGUUGUCAUAUUUGUCGCUCCUCCUCUACGAAGUGCAGUCCUUUAAUAUUCUGCCGAAUAUGCCCACAAAUAUAUCACAAAGAAUGUUUGGAAAGCCGUGGUUACAUUGAUCAUACGCUGUCUUUAUUGUACCUCUUGCCAAUUUUCCUCCGUGACUUCAGGCUUCCGCAGUUUCCCAUCUGCUUUCUUUUUAAGAGAUUCAAUAUACUCGUCAAGUUCUCUAUCCAGCUCUGCAGCGUUUUUCGCAGCCAAAUCCGCUCUUUUGUCCGCCAUGUAGUGUGCGAGGUCGCGUUAAACUGGAAACUAGUGAAAGGUUCCUCUUGGUCCCAGGUUCCCAGGCCACGGAUGUCAUUUGAAGAAAAUAGAAAAUAGUCAACGAGGAGUAUAGUUAUAGUAGCUCUCAAUUCAAAAAUAUGACCGCAUUACAUUAUCCCGAGCAGUAAUGAUAUUAGUCGUUUAAUUACAUUACAUAUUUUUUUCUCAAAUUCAAUCAAAAAUUUAUAGCGGAGCUCUCCCGGAGCACCAUGGGUAAGAAAAAUUGGUUAUCUAUGUAUUUGAUAGUCACGUGACCGUACGUCCACCCGCUCGCCCACGCGACCGUCUGUGCCGCACUUGAAAAGUUGUUUGUUUGUUUGUUUGUUUUUUUUGCUAAACAGACUAUUGAUUUUUUUGCAGUUCUCGUUGCUGUCUCCGUUUAGCAUCAUGGCUCGAUCUCAUUUUUUUGUUUGAGUAAAUUAGAAGUAUAGGCUAAGUCUAGAUAUAUUAUAUUUAUAUACCUUGGUACUUAAAAUCUCUUGAUACUUACUAGCUAAGCUGAAAACGAUUGGACAGUUUUGAGAUAAACUAAGCAUUUUCAAAUUAAAAUCUUAAUUUUUUAUAAACUCAGUCGAUGAGGCUCUUUUAUGUAAAACUUGACACUCAUCAGAUCCCAAUAUCUUCGGUUUUGUUCUUUUACCGCCGGUGAUGAACUGAAAAUUCUUCUAAUUCAAACACGUAAAUUACCACUGAAGCUGAGUAAUGAAGAGUUCCUUUGUCACGUCAGUAAAUGAGAUACUUUUCACACCUGAUAAUUAAGCGCGCGCAUCAGUUAAGAAGUCAACUAUGCGAAUAACGAGAUGAGCGGGUUAAAAUGGGAAAUAUUGUACGAGGCAGAAAAACAGAAGGCAGUAUCAAAGCAGAACGUACUCUACUCACAGUCAGAGCAGCCGGAGCUUUUAAAUCAAAAGUGAAAAGUGAAAAGAAAAAGACAGCGGCAAAAGAGAUAGAAGAGAUCAUAGAAUGGAAAUUUGGAAGGAAAAACACCAGGACUGGACAACAUCAAGGUAGACGUACUACAGCUUAUGAAGUGGAAGAAGAAACUUUGGACAAUACAGACAAGGAAGUUCUUAAGUUUGUACGCAGGUAUGUACAAUAAAAAACAGUUCGCUUAGUUUGAUUUAUUAUGCAAAUUAUUCCAUAUUGACUUUUUGUAAAAUUUUAGUAACUAUUAUACCAAACAACGGUAUACUAUACUACACACUUUUCCCUGAAGAAGUAAGGUAAGCAGUGUAGAAUUGGCUUUAUUGUGUUAUACUUGUGUUAUAAGUUUGUGUUUGUAUCAGGCCGGAUACGGCGUGUUUUUCACUAUUUCUUUUGACUUGGGCUUCGCAUUGUUUUGUAUGCAUGGACUCGCACCGAAAUCAUAUCACCGUUUUUAUGCGCGGACAGAAGCCCUGUCUGAUAUGGUUUUCGUGCCUGCGCAAAAGCUAUCCAGUAUGAUGUGAAUAUAGUAUUAUUUCUCCUGCAGCGUCCAUGUAGGUGACAACAGGCAUGGUCACGUGUCCAUAAAUGACACAAGUGUUGCUUGGACGGCUCUGCGUGAAUCAGCCAAUCGCGACCGAAGAGAUUUCUUGGCCGAUGAGCACAGGAGAGACAGUGGUCGGCUUAAACAGUUAGGUGAUGUCCUAAGGUUUAUCAGAAGAGCUUCAAAAGAGGCUGAAACGCUGAAGGCUACCGAAGAAUUUCUUCCUUAUGAUGAACAGUAUAAGGUAAGUGACCGGAAGUAAGAGAGUUAACUUAUGGGUCUUCGCUUUCGACAAGUUUUUGUCAGUUUCCCUUGUACGCUGAUAUUUCUUGUAUUCUUACCAGUCAGUAAGAUAUUGUGAGACAGACCAGCUGUCGAUUAGUCGGCUAAACAGCUUAUGUGAAUCAUAUUCUCACAACAGUUGUUCUCACUAACUCUGCUAACUAUUGUAUGCGAUUUUUCCAUUCGCUCAUUCAUUCUAUAACAACUCUUCAUAGUUUCUCACGGUCAGUCAACAGUGAAUCAGUCAGUAAAUCAUCCAUUGUGUCAAUCUUGAGUCACUCAGUCUGUCAGUCAGUCAGUUGUCAGACAGUCAAUCAUUCAUUCAUUUAUUCAUCCAUUCAUUCAGUCAGUAAGUCAGUCUGUCAUCCAGCGCUCCUUCCAGAACUGUAAUAUCCAAUAUGAUAUUUACUAUUUUUUUAGCCACAGUGGGAGACACGUUGUCAUAUUUGUCGCUCCUCCUCUACGAAGUGCAGUCCUUUAAUAUUCUGCCGAAUAUGCCCACAAAUAUAUCACAAAGAAUGUUUGGAAAGCCGUGGUUACCUUUCAGAUGGCUUCGCAAGUGAUACAGUCAAACUUGAAUCAGAUGAAAUUGGAUGGAGCUGCUUCAUUUGUGUAAGUUAGCCUGCGAGCAUGCUCUUCUGGGGUUCCCAAUGGUACCAGGGGUGGGGGAGGCAUGCGUCAGUCGUUAGUUAUCCAAUUAAGUGAAAAAGUGCUGGUUUUGGGAUUGAAAUGGAGGCUUUGUGGUCGAGCGGUUAAAACCUCGAACUCCUGAUCUGGGGGUCUGGGGUUCAAGCCUUGCCCGUCGCGUUUUUUUCUAAGACAAGGCUUUAUUCCAUUUUGUCUCUCUUCACCCAGGUGUAUAAAUUGGUGCCAGCCACACACUGCUUGGGGGGAGGGGGUGGGGGAUUACCCUGCGAUGGACUAGCAUCCCGUCCAGGGGGGAAAAGCAAAACUUCUAAGCAUGUUUCAUGCUAAGCAAACCGAGGUAAGCUCCGACUGUUUAGGGCAUUGGCUCGUGUACGCCUUUACCAUUACCUUACCUUGGGACUGAAAGAAAAAUAGAAAUUAAAAGGAGCAUUACUUGCCUUCUUUGCAAAUUUUCUUUAGCAAGCAAUCAAGGAGGCUAAAGGACUCGGAUCAAAGAGGAAAAUCCACUAACUGUUAAUUUUUUUUUUAAAGAGCGAUCAGUCAGAGCUUUUUGUUGUUGUUGUUGUUGUUUUGCAGGAAAACUUAUUUGACUUGUUAUCCGAUACGGAAAAGAUUGACAUUAUGGAAACAUUUGAUCGAAUUGACACAAAUCAGGGUUUGUUGAAAAAAUAUUUUCUUGAUGAGCAACUGCUCGGAAGAGAAGUCACCAAUGGUGCGUUUCCCUGAUCCCAAAACAAUACUAAAACAAUUGGAAGAAUGACAUGUCGUUGUUUCCUGCGACCAAUCAGGAGAAACCUUCCGAGCAGCUCCUUCACUACUCAAUAACAUAAUUGAUAUUCCUUGCACCAUACCUUUGAGAUCUAACUGCUUAGAACAAUUUAAAAAAACAUGGGCCAAACUUCUUUAACUACAUGAACGCUUUUGUAACUCCCAUGAUACAUUAUCCGUUAAGCUACACUGAACUGUUUCACUCUAUAGAUUAGCAUCUUUUUCUUUUAGUUUCUUUCUUUCUUUCUUUUUUUUCUUUUAUUAAUUUAUUUUAGUUCUAAAAAACUAUUACUGACCAUGACGUUUUGUGUAACUUUUGUACAAAGUGAAAUUGUUUCUUUUUUCUUCUCUUUUUUCCUUUCCAUACGUUUUCAGAUUCAUUUAUAAAUAAAGAAGAGUAUCUAGAUUACCAGAAAGAUUGUUACCAGAAGUUAGUCGGAUUAGAAAUGCCCGAAUUUCGAAUUCGAAUUGAAGAGCGCAUAUUUGCCGAUAUGGACAGAAGCAAUUCGGGUCAGAUCGAUUGGUGGCAAUACCAAAUACCCAUGUGUGUUAGAAAAUUGACUGCGAGGAAAAAGGUAACUAGCUAAAAAAAGAAUUAUUUAACCUCUUUGUUUUACAUAUAUCUUGGCUUUCGCAAUCGGCGUUCUUUAUACUCUGAGGUAAAUCUAACAAUCCGGCAAAUGCCAAAAAUUAAACACAUCUUUUAAAUAUUAUCUAAAUAUUUCAGUGUAUUGUAAACAUAGACCUAUGGUUUUGUAUUCUUCUUACGGUUCCUUAAUGGUGAACAAGUUCAUUCGUCUUGUUCGGGAAGUGUUAUCUAUCUUUACACAAAAAUACUGCUACUUAUGUCCUUUCGACAUGCUAACAGAUCUCGAAUAAUAUUAGGGGCAAUGUUGACUGCUCCUUGAUUAUGUUUUUGUGUCUUUUCAGAAAAAUCUUGUCCCACAUCUAACGAAACAAGAAGUUUACAAACUUAGAACUUUCUUCCAAGCGUAUGAUCAAGAUGGAUAUGGAACAAUAAGCAAAAAUUCCGCUAAGAUGGCAUUCAAAAAAUGGUAUCUUUCGCUUAUAAACCUCAGAUAUGAAGAUGUACCGCUCUGCGACUGGCUUGGAGCGGAAUGGAUGAGAGAUGAUGCGCCCGAGGAGAUAUCAGUUUUUCAGCGGUCUACCACAGUAGCUUGGAAAGACUUUGUCAAGAACAACGCGCUGUAUGUUUUGUCUGCUCGGCCAAAC